AUGGAUUUCUCAGCAACUGGAGCUCAGGAUGCUGAUCCUCGGGGAAGAGAGAAUGAGGGCAGUCCAGAAUUCGCAGCGGGAGGGGUGGCAAAGGAUCCACCUCCCAAGUGUGCUGUCUGCAAGGAGGCUGAGGCAGAAUUCUCGUGCGCCAGUUGUGUGGCAAGCUUCUGCUCACCAUGCUGGGAGGUGCCCCACAAGUGGGGUGACAAUCAGAACCAUGCCAAAGUUGUUGUGGAGAAACCCACCUGUCCCUGUGAAGGGUCGUUUUCGGUCUGUCCUCAUGGGAAGGACGCGGUUGGGUACUGUGGGGAGUGCGACCAGGCAUUGUGCCAGGUGUGCUGGGACUUGAUUCACACCAAGGGCACGCGAGUAACUCACAAUCUGUUGGCGCCUCUGAGUAGAUCUGACUACAGAGCAGAGCAGCUCGCACUGCAACGGGCCGUGAAGAGUGGACCGCUGGCGAGUCUUGCGAAGUUUGAUGUAAAGAAGGCAGCUCCUUGGGUCACUUCUGCCCUCAAGAAGUCCCGUUCCGUUGCUGAUGCCAAGCGCUUUGGGCUCGGCGGUGCAUCCAGGAGCACUGCUGCAGGGAGUUCAAGGUAUGCGGCCAUUCAGCUGCAGACGUCAAAGGAUGCUGCUGCGCAGCUCAAGGCAGUCUGCGACGAGCCUGGGUUCGGAGUGCAGGACGAUUCCACCAUCAAGAGCUAUGCUCUUGACAGGCAGGCUGACGUGCUGGCUGUUGCAUCUGCAAUGAAGGUGGUCUUUGAGACAAGCCCAGCAGGAACGGAUGCAAGAAACAGAACUCUCUGUGACAAGGUUGACGACUACGAGAAGGCAAUUCGGAUUGCACGGGCAAGUGGAAAGGGGGUUCAGUUGAGCAAGGAUCAAAGAGGAGAGAGAUUGGAGCGGAUGACGACCACCAUCGCCCUGGUGCAGAGUCAACUGGACACACUUCUGAAGCAGCUCAAUUGGAAGGAGGGAGUCGCGUUUCUGAUCCGCUCGCCUCCCUACUUCGACGUCCUGAUCAACCUUCAGACAGAAGCGGAGCGGGCUGCAAAGCUUGCGAAGGACCUCGGAGUGCGGAUUGCGAAGUUGGGGCCUGGAAUCGUGGGGGCGUUGUUGGAGGCGAAGGAGAAAGAAGUGGCAAAAGCGCAGAAAGGCAAGGGGACAGGGGUGGAGAGUACGAAGAAGCGGACGGUGAAAGCGGGAAUGGUGCAGCAGGCAAAGCGGAAGAAGAUUGCGGGAGGCCCCCGAGGGAAGGGGGGGAAAGCUGAGGCGAAUAUCCAAGAGAUGGAGGAGUUGGUCAAGGAGAUGCAAGCAAAGCUAAAGAAGAAGAAGGCGGCCGUUCAAGACAUUGAGAGCAGUGAAGAGGAACCCUCGGAAGGGGACGAGGAGGAUGAGGCGGAAGUCGAGCAGGAGGACAACGAGGGGGAGAGGGAAGAGGGGGAGGAGGAGGAGACGAAUUGA